AUGGCAAUCUCUGUUUCAACGGAAAGCUCUGUUUCAAUGGCAAGCUCUGUUUCAACGGCAAACUCUGCUUCAAUGGCGAUCAACUCUGAAUCAGCAAAAGCUCUCUUCGGACCUGAAUCGUACCCACUCGUCAGACUACUAAACAACCUCAACAGUGAUGACGAUGAUCUUCGUAAACCAGCAAAAGAUCUCAUCGAUUACACCAAGAAGAACUACACAACUUCUUUGGUUGAGAAACUUUUCGAAACAAUUCAACGUAGCCAGCCAUCAUCGCUUACGGGUAUUCUCUGUUACAAUCUUUUAAGCGAUACUUUGCCACCCUUUUGGCCCAAACUUUCAUCAACUACGCAAAAUAAAUCGAUGAUUAACUUGUAUAACAGAGUUCGGCGUGAAAGCGAUUAUGAAACACUAAAGGCUUGUUGUUCUUGUACAUCGAGUCUAGCGGGUUUGCUUUUCCCUAAAUAUGAAUGGAAUGGUUUGUUUUACUAUAUGUUAGAGAAUUUGGGUUCAGUUUCAAAGAGAAAUUUGGGUGUGUUGCUUUUAUGGGAUGAAUUGAUACCGAAAUGUCCUGAGAUUUUUCAAUCGCAUGUUGAUGGUUUGAUUGAGGGGUUUACAUAUCUUAUGCCUACUGUAACCAGAGAUCAUCGAUCUAGGGUUAUUGCAGCUAGGGCUUCUGUGAAAUUGAUUUUGCAUUCGUCAAACCCCGCCAGUUAUUGCAAGUUUUAUGGUCUUUUAGGGAGUGUUCUAAUGACUUUGAUAAUGUCAUGUUCCAAUGAGGAGGACCUUGUGUGUAGUGUUCUUGAGGAUCUGAUUGUUUUAGCUGGUGUAGCGACCGAGUUUUUUGAAAAUGAUAUUGGUGUUUUGUUCGAGUCUAUGGUGAAAUUGGCUGAGUGUGAAAAGUUAGGGGAGAAGUUAAGGCAACUUGCUAUAGAGUUUGUUGUUACUGUAGUCGAGAAUAGGGAGAUUGGGCGUGGGAUUAUGGAGAAAGUACCAAAAGAAGAAGUUACUAAGUUGCUUAAUGUGUUGAUUAAGAUGUUGGUGCAUAUUGAAGAAGACCCUCGUUGGGAAAAUGCUAUUAGUGAUGAUGACAGAAAUGAAGAGGAGUUUAGUAUAUGCAGUUAUGGUAUGGAGAGUUUAGAGAGGUUAGCAAUUGCAUUAGGGGGAGAUGCAAUUCUACCUAGUUGCCCUGCAUGCUUGUUCAAGUUCUUGGAUGAUCAAGAUUGGAGGAUUCGUCAUGCUGCCGUUACUGCUAUUGGACUGAUAUCAGAAGGAUGCUCAGAGGCACUGUUAGCGGAGAUGGUGAAAUUUGGACAGUCUAUUGUGAACCUAAUGUUUGAUAGCCACACCCGAGUACGUUGGGCCACAAUUCGUACAAUUGGUCAGCUAUCAACCUAUCUGAGCCCGCGUUAUCAAGACGAAUAUCUUUGGCAGCUCCUUCCAGCUUUCCUAGAAGUAUUGGAUGAUUCUCGUAAUCCCAGGGUGCAGACACGUGCAGCUUCAGUGAUAUGGUUGUUCAGUCACAAUUGCAGUGCAGAUGACUUGAAACCUUACCUGCACAAGAUAGUGAAUAAAUUAGUCGGGUUUCUACAGAGAGGAAUGACAAUGAUGAAAGAAGCAGCUCUUGAAACUUUAGCCUCUUUAGCUACUUCAUCGCAGCAAGACUCUGCUUACAUAUAUGAUUCUAUAAUGCCUUAUCUGAAAGUCAUCUUGGAAACUGCUACUAAAGAUACAAGUCGCACGCUACUUGCCAAAUCCAUAGAAUGCAUUACCAGGGUUACAAUGGCUUUUGGAAAUCAAGCAAUCCGUGAUUAUGUUGAAAAGGUCAUUGCAGUACUCAUUUCACUGCAAGAAACUCAAACAGAGAUAGAAGAUCCAACGAGGAAAUUAUCGUUACUGGCAUAUGGUAGACUAUGUAAAUGCUUGGGGGAAGAUUUCCUUCCUUAUCUAAGUCUUGCCAUGCCCAUUGUGCUAAAAUCUGCUCAGCUAAGUGUUUCCAAUAGUUCAGAUACAGAUGAUCAUGAUGAUGAAAGAGUCCAUAGUGAAGUCACCGCUGGGAAUAAAAAUAUCGGGAUAAGAAGUGCACUUCUGGAAGAGAAGACCUUGGCCUGUCAUAUGCUAUGCUGCUUUGCAACUGAGUUAAAGGGACGGCUGCAUUUAUGGGUUAAUGAGGUUGUUAGUGCUUUAGUUCCGAAUCUUACCUUCGAAUUCAGCGAAGAAGUGAGAAUGACUGCCAUUUCUGCAAUGCCGUUACUGUUAAAUUCAGCUUCUUGUGCUAUGAAGAAAGAGCUUCCUGUAACAGGCUGUGGCAAGUGCCCAGUUCAAAAGCUAUCUAACACUGUCAUCCUAUCUUUGCUUGACGUGCUAAAGAAGGAGUCAAAGGUACAAGUUCAAGCAAGACUAUUGGAGGCAUUCAACGAAAUCAUUCAGAUACCGGAUUCAGAUCUAAGUAAACAGCAAGCUGAAAAUUUUGUUGAAGGCAUAUCAAAGGUUCUCUUAACUUGCUCAUACCGCAAAAUAAAAAGAGAGAAAAGAGCUAAAGAACACACAGAUUCAAGGGAGCAGAAACUACUCAAGGAGGAAGCUCAACAACACUUAACUAUCUGUAGAAACAUUGGCAUUUGCCUUGGAACUAUGGUGAAAAAACUCAAGGCAUCAUUCUUUCCCCUUUUAGACAAGCUUUUGCCUUAUGUAUCACUUAUGUGGAGUGAUGAUAGAACAGCAGAAGAAAGAAGAAUUGUAGUGCACCUCUUCCGUGAUGUUGCUGAGCAGUGCCGCGAAGAAGCAUUCAAGUACUACGAGGACUGGAUACCUCUCCUGUUUAAAGUUUACUAUCACAAGGAUCCAGAUGUUCCACAGAUCGUAGCAAUUGCAUUUGGUAUUUGUGCUGAAUUCGGAGCAGAUUUCCUUAAACCUCAUGCUGAAGCAAUGUUCAAUUGUUUGAAAUCUGCAUUGGAGCAUCCUAAUGCAAAAUACCAGUAUAACAUCAUGGCUUAUGAGGCUGCUGUUUUUACCUGUGGGAAGUUAAACCAGUUUCUCUCAGAUGACUUCUACACCUCUGAGUUCCUGUGGCUCUGGCUUAGCCACUUACCAAUAAGGUGUAAUCUGGAUGAGGCUAAAAUCAGUCAUGGAAUACUUUGCUCAAUGAUAGAGACGUUUGAGGAUAGAGCUAUUGGCCCUCGAGGACUUCAUAUACCGAAGAUCAUAGCAAUUUUCGCUGAGGUUUUAUGGGCAGGGAACAACUUGGCCACAGAAGAAACUAGAGGGCGAAUUAUCAAGCUAUUGAAGAAAUUUCAAAGGGAACAGCACCCUUCUGUCUUGUUCGAAACACUUGAAACAUUACCUUUACCACACCAAAACUUGGUGCGCACCGUCUUGUCCACCUUAUAAACUGGUUGUGCAUUCUUUGAGUAGAUAGAUACGUGUACAGAACGGAAAUAGCUAACAGGAAAAAUUACUGUAAUAUAGAGUGUGAAUGUACGCAAAGGAUGAAGUAGUAUCUGAUUGUAAAGGAGAUUCUUGUGUAUGAAAGGAAGUUACUAGCCAGAUCUUAUGAAAAAUAAGAUCUAAACGUAGAUAGAACGUUACCUGUUACAUUUCUCCCCCGAUAUCAUUCAGCGUGGAGGUUGUGUCCUU